GCGGGGCGGGCAGGGGCGCAGACGGGUGUGAGCUGUGGUGCCGGGCAGCGCCGCUCUUCCCGCUCCGUCCGCGCCCGCCAUGGCCGCGCUGCCCGGUACCGCGGCUCCCCGGCUGCUCCUUAUCCCCGGCAAAGCGGCCGAGCCCCCCGCGGCCGGCCGCCACCUCUCCGUCGUCCUGCCGGCAGGAGCCAGCCCGCCGGGCCUGGAGGCGCCGCAGCCCGCCCGCAAGCGGCAGCGGCUGACGCACCUGAGCCCGGAGGAGAAGGCGCUGCGCAGGAAGCUGAAGAACCGGGUGGCGGCGCAGAGCGCCCGGGACAGGAAGAAGGCGCGGAUGACGGAGCUGGAGCAGCAGGUGGUGGAGCUGGAGGAGGAGAACCAGAGGCUGCUGCUGGAGAACCAGCUCCUGCGGGAGAAGACAUGUAACCUGGCGCUGGAGAACCAGGAGCUUCGCUGCCGCCUGGGCCUGGAUGCUCUGAAGGUGGAGGAGGGGAGCGAGCCCCAGGUUGUAAAGGAAUCACAGGUGGAUGAGAUUAGAUUGGUGACCGGGUCCGCUGAGCGCAGCACUCAGACUACGUGUUCCUCUGCAGCAGGUGCAGGCCCAGCAGUCACCACUUCUGAUAACUUCCACAUGGAUUCUGAUGACAGUGAUUCAGACUCUAAGUCUGAUCUCCUGCUGGGCUUUCUGGACUGUCUGGACCCAGAGAUGCUUCUCACAUACGCUGGUUCAGAGUCAAUGUGCCUGGAAAAGCUGGAGGAAGACAUCUGUGGAGAAACAAAUUCCGUACCAACCUCCUCCUCUCCCUCUUUGGGGUCCCCAUCAGCUAAGCUGGAGGCCAUUAAUGAACUGAUAAGGUUUGAUCAUGUGUACACAAAGCCCCUAAUACUGGAGAUUCCUGUUAAAAUGGGUGACCAAACCGAUAUGCUAGUGAAAAUUGAGGAAGUAUCUCUCUCUCCACCUGAAGACAAAGCUAUCCCUGAGAUCCCAGUAUCUGUGAAAGAAGAACCUGUAGACAGCUUCAUGCCUGAACUGGGCAUCUCUCAUCUGCUUCCCUCUCACUAUAGCCUUGCAGCUUCAAGCUCUCUGUUGGAUGCCUGUAGUGACUCUGGGUAUGAAGGAUCCCUGUCACCCUUCAGUGACAUGUCCUCUCCACUUGACACUGACCAUGUGUGGGAGGAUAGCUUUGCCAAUGAACUUUUUCCCCAACUGAUCAGUGUCUAGCUUUGUAGUGCCAACUGGUCAGUGUCUAACUUGUAGUGUUAACUCCCUUGGAAAAUUAUCCUGGCAGGAUAAUGGGAUAAAUGCCCCUUUGUGGGGUGUGGAAUGAAGUGUAUUCAGAACAGCAUUGCUCACUUCAGUCCAUGCUAGUAGAUGGAGUGAUGGCCAAUGUGCUUCUCCUGGUAUGGAGGAAGUCUAGGGUGUCCUGUCCUCCCACCCACCCCAUCAGUAUUGGCUCAUGAGGGAGGAAAGUUUGUUUCUCAGUAACUUGACGAUUCUGUGUGAACCUGAAAAUGUUCAUUUAGUUUCCCACUUAAAAUUAUUUUAACACAGGAAACUGUAGUGGGAUGUUCCUGUAUAGACAACUGGGUUAAGACUGAAUAGUCUGUAUGUCUUACAGAUUUACUAUGUAAAUGCUUGUUUUCCAUUUGCUAUGUAGAGUUGCUUUCUCCAUUUAAUAUUUAACUGUAUUGGUGCAAUUAAAGUGCAGUGCAGCUCACUGA